AUGAGCUCACAGGGAUGUCCUUUACGCGAACGCUUGGCUGUGGUGACCGGAGGCGGGGGAAAUCUUGGCAAGGCAAUCUGCGACGCCUUAGCAGAGAAAGGUGCUCAUGUGAUCGUCGCUGACAUCGAUUUGGCAAAGGCUGAAGCCGUGCUCACUACUCUUCCAGCUGUGCGCGACGGUCAGAGACACGUUGCAAUGCAAGUUGAUAUUGCUGACUCAACAUCAGUGCAAAACCUCUUUUCGUCACUGAAGCAAUUACACGGUUCCCCCGUCAGCGUUCUGGUGAACUGCGCCGCCAUCUUUGGCAGUGGCACCUCCAUUCUUGAUACAAGCGAGGAGAGUUUUAAUCGAGUCGUCGAUGUUAACCUCAAGGGUACCUUCCUGAUGACCCAAGCUGCUGCCCGAGACAUGCUGGCCGGAGAGGUUACUCAAGGGGUAGUGGUCAACAUUUCCAGCCUGGUCGCCAAGACGGGCUUCAAAGGACGCUACGGUUACGUCGCCUCCAAGGCCGGUAUUGUUGGUCUUACCAAAACGGUGGCCUUGGAUCUCGCCGACAAAGGAAUUCGGUGCAAUGCAGUGCUUCCUGGAAUGAUCCACAGUCCCGUUCCGAGGGUUUCAGAAUUCUUUACAAAAGAGCGGCGACAGAAAAUGUUGUUCUGGCUUCCACUUGGUCGCUUCGCUCAGCCUCGUGAGGUCGCUGACGUGGUUGCUUUUCUCUGCUCGCCAGAGAGCUCGUAUAUGACAGGAGCCGCAAUUGAAGUGGCUGGUGGAUCCAGCUCGUGA